AUGGAAGAUCAUAGAGACAGCGAUGGAAUUUUAUUAAAACACGGAUUCUGUGAAAUGUUAAAAGGAGGAGUAAUAAUGGACGUAAAAAAUGUAGAACAAGCAAAAAUAGCUGAAGAAUGUGGAGCUAUUGGUGUUAUGGUUUUAGAAAAUAUACCAUCAGAACUUCGAAAUAGAGAAGAAGUAGCUAGAAGUGUAGAUCCAAUAAAAAUUGAAGAAAUAAAAAAAGCAGUAUCAAUAAAUGUAUUAGCUAAAGUACGAAUAGGCCACUUUGUUGAAUCACAAAUUUUAGAAGAACUUAAAAUUGAUAUGAUUGAUGAAAGUGAAGUUUUAACAGUAGCUGAUGAAAACAAUUAUAUAAAUAAACAUAAAUUCAAAACUCCUUUUGUAUGUGGAUGUACUAACUUAGGGGAAGCUUUAAGAAGAAUUUCUGAAGGAGCUUCUAUGAUUAGAACAAAAGGAGAAGCAGGAACAGGAAAUAUCAUUGAAGCUAUUAAGCAUAUUAGAACUAUAAAUAAUGAUAUAAAGUUUUUAUGUGCCUUAAGUGAAAAUGAAAUUUAUAAUUAUGCCAAAAAAAUUAACACACCUAUAGAUUUAUUAUUGCUAACCAAAAAGUUAAAAAAAUUACCAGUUGUUAAUUUUGCAGCUGGUGGUAUUGCUACUCCUGCUGAUGCCGCUAUGUGCAUGCAAUUAGGAAUGGAUGGAGUUUUUGUUGGUUCUGGAAUUUUUGAAAGUGAAAAUCCAAGAAAAAUGGCUUCAUCCAUUGUUUAUGCAGUUAGUUAUUUUAAUAAUCCUAAAAUUCUAUUAGAUGUUAGUUAUAAUUUAGGAAAAGCUAUGUGUGGUAGCACAAAAAUUUCGGAAAAGUGGAAAAAUAAAAAAAAGAAUGAAGAAUAG